AAAGGACCGUCACUCACGUUGAGUUGAGGGUCAAAUGCAUUGAGGAUGUGCUGCUAGUCUCAUCAAAAUGUCAAGUUUCUCUAGAUCUGCCCAGCAAUGGGCGACUUUCGCUCGCUCCUGGUUCGUAAUCGAUGCCCGGAUGCAGCCUCCCGGGAAGCUUGCGACCAUGUGCUCUGUGAGAUUACAGGGCAAACACAAACCCAUCUAUCACGCACUGAGUGACUGUGGUGAUCACGUUGUCAUAAUAAACAGCAAACACAUCGCUUUCUCUGGAAACAAAUGGGAGCAGAAAGUCUAUUCAUCACACACGGGGUAUCCAGGUGGGUUCAGACAGGUCACAGCUGUCCAGCUUCACUCCAAGGACCCCAAAGCUAUUGUGAAGUUAGCUGUUUACGGCAUGCUGCCUAAGAAUCUGCACCGGCGCACCAUGAUGCAGCGACUACACAUCUUUCCUGAAGACGAGCUGCCAGACGACAUCCGAGCCAACCUGACAGAGGAGCUGCCUCAGCCCAGAAAAAUACCCAGAAAGCUCAGCGAGUACACACAGGAAGAGAUUGACGCUUUCCCUAAACUGUGGAUACCACCUGAAAACUACAAGAUGCAGUGAAUCAAAGAAGCCCAACGGGACCGAAGCAGAGAAGGUUUUCAUAAUAAUGUUACACUGUAAAUGAACAGUGUUUCCUUAAUUUUUAUUAUACUUGACUAAGUGUCAGUAUCAGUGGACAAACAGCUUUUAUGGGAUUUCAGUGACGUGUAUGAUUUCCUCUGGUCAGAUGAAAGAUGAAAAAACACAAAACAAAGUUGGAUACGUGUUUCUGCUGAAAGGACAUUGUGGAGGAUUUAGUGUUAUCUAGUGGUGAGCACCCUACGUUGAUUUAAAGGGUCAUUCUAAUAUAACAAAAAUACAACAAUUCUUAUUUUCAGGUGAUUAUACACUAAUUCAAACAUACUCAUUAAUAUUAAUAUCCAUUUCUGUCAGGUCCGUCCCGCUAGAUGCUGCUAAAUUCUAUACACUGGUCCUUUAAAUCCAGCAGCAAGUUGAGUUGGCUUUAGUUUCCUUGUCUAAAAGUGUCAUCAAGACUUGACUAGACUUUACGAAAGCAUCUCACCUGUCUGAAUACUAAUGCCAGCAUCAUAAACACAGAGUCCAUCCUACUCUUUCUGUGUGGAAAUAACAGCGUACCUCUCAGCUGUAUGAAUCUCAACACAACCACCGCAGAUCUAAAUUAUCCAGAACAGCUCGAGUCUGAUCAGAAGAAAUCAGAUUCUGUGGGUUUUCAUCUGAUUACGCAACCGUGAAAUGAUCAGAUCUGACCAAAAAAAAGUUACAUCUGUCAGAGCUGAUCCUGACUUUGAAGGCUUGUGGUUUCACAGAAAAAUCUAUUUGUGUGUUACUAUGACAACAUUCAGCUCAUCAUUGUGCUUUUAGUAAAUUGAGGAAUAGUACGUUUUUUUUCAUGUCAGUGUGUGAAAUUUAAGUCCAAUCUUGUUGCGUAAAUUGUAAAAUAGGCCAAUAAACUGUUUAAUACAU